AUGGUGACGGGAGCGGCUGGCGAGGCUGGCGCCGCGGAGGCUGACAAAGCCGGUCGGAACAAAGCAACAAAGCCGACAAAGUGUCAUAGCGCGGCUUUCACAUGGCACGCCCGCAUCCACCGCAGCUUGUCACAUGCCGGAUCCUCGCCCAACCACAGAGCCUCAUACAGCGAAUGCGCCGCGCUUGUCGACGGCCUGAACGGAUCAUUAGGAGGCGACCGCCACGGUCCCCCAAUUGUCCGACGCAUAUCCGCCCUCCUCUCCAAGAAGCUCACCGUGUGGCAAUCCGUGCUCGUGACACUCUUGUACCUCUAUGUUGCGCGCAACUUCGGCAAGCUCGUUGGCCUCGAAUGCCCGGAACCGCUCGCUAGCCUCUACUCGCGUUCUUACUUUCGUGCAACAUGGGUUACGACUGCGCUGGACGCGGGCUUCUGGUCUGCCAUGCGCAUCAAGAGGAAGGGGCUGAGAGAUCUUUUGUCCAUUGUCUUUAGCAUAUACUACAUGAUAUGCGCUGAGCAGGCGGAUGAGAAGGUGCGCAAGAUUAGGGCUACGCUCACUGUGGAUCAUUUGCGCGUGGCGUGGAACAAAGGAACAACACCUUAUUUGGGUGCGCUGACGAACCUCAUGCGUCCGAGGUUGAUGGUGUAUCCGCCGCGCAAGAUUAGAAUACCGAGACCGAGGGCAAGCUCGUACCAGGAGCCAGUGACGGGAUGGUUGUACUUUAACGGGCCGCGGAGUGCGCUAAAGAAGCAGGAUAAAGUCGUGUUGGAUGUACCUGGAGGCGGCUUCGUUGCCAUGGACCCGAGGAAUCAUGACGAUAAGCUCAUGGGCUGGGCUGGGAAGACGGGAUUGCCUGUGUUGAGUUUGGACUACAAAAAGGCACCAGAACACCCGUAUCCGUAUGCUCUGAACGAGUGCUAUGAUGUCUAUCAUAUGAUUAUCGCAUCGAGAGGAACUUGCAUGGGGCUGUCAGGAGAAGCUGAACCCAAGGUUGUGGUUGCAGGUGACUCGGCAGGAGGAAACCUUGCCGUGGCCAUGGUGCUCAUGGUUCUGCAAAGUGGCUCGACUGAGACACGACGAUGGCAGGGCGAGCGCGCAUUACCGCCUCCAGUUGGCAUGAUCCUGGUGUAUCCCGCACUUGACAUGAACAUUGGCAACUGGAUGAGUGACGAGCAAAUGGCGCUUAUCCGUGACCGCAGGGUGAGGAAGACAAACGCACCAGUGCUCCGGCACAAGAGUGAGGAUUACCGGAACCUCGCACCAAACACGCCCUACGCAUCGGAUGAUUCGGAUAACGAGGACGAGUCCAGCAAACCCAGCAUGCCGAAUGGGAAGAUGCCGACAGAUUCUCUCCUUCUGCCCACUCCACAGACGAUGAUCAAGCUCUCCGCCGCCCAUACUGGUCAGGAUAGCCACUCCGUUCCUCGUCUAGAUGUCAGCAAUACCACGCUUACCAAUGGACAUACUGCGCACAAAGCCCCAGGCCAAACAACCCCGGCAAACGGUACGCCCCAAGCUACUGCUCCAGCACCCCCUGCAACAACCAUCAAGACCCGCCUCGCAACCUCCAGCAUGAUAUCCUACUUCAACGACCGCAUCCUCACUCCAGAAAUGAUGCGCGCCAUGAUCAUACUCUACAUCGGCCCACACCACCGUCCCGACUUCAGCACAGACUACCUCCUCUCCCCACUCCUCGCGCCCGAAUCCCUGCUCGCCAAAUUCCCAAAAACUUGGAUGCUAACCGGCGAGCGUGACCCCCUCGUCGACGACACACUCAUCUUCGCGGGCCGCCUCCGCCAAGCCAAACGCGCCGAUUGGGUCGCAGCACACGACCUGGGGCUUGAUUGGGCGCGGGGGACGUUUCGAGAAGAGGAUUGGGUCAACGUGGAUUUGAUCCCGGGUAUUAGUCAUGGGUUUUUACAGUUUGUGGGCGUUUUCCCAGAGGGCUGGCGGUAUAUUUAUCGCUGUGGGAGGUGGAUUACUGAGGCGUUUGAGAGGGAGGAGGGGAGGGAUGGGUUUGAGACGCCCAUGUUUACGCCGGGGGUGCAGACGGCGGCCAGACGGUAUAGGAGUGGUACUGGCGCUGGGGGUGAUUAUUUCAGUACCGUGGGCUUGGCGGAUGCGAUUGAUGGGCUUACUUCUCCUCAGCGGCAUAGGCAUCAUCGUAGGACUGGCACGGCUAGCUCGGCUGAUGAGGAUAGACCGCUUGAAAUGACGGUGCUGGGCAAGGGGAAGAGGAGUCCGCCGCAGCAGCAUCAGAGGGAGGUGAGUGUGACGAGGGGGAGGGGCAGGGUGCAGAAGAGUGCGAGGGGGAAUCGGAGGAAGAGUUUGGCCCACAAGAUUUUUUCUCGUUUACACCAGGUGCCACCGGUAUUGGUGGCUCCACUUGGGCGGUUUGAGGCUCUGCGCGGUAUGGACGCCGAAAGAAAAACAAGCGCCGAUGAGGGUCAAUACCGGGGUCUGGUAGAGUCAUGGGCAAACGCGGCUCCGACUUUUUUUUCUUGA